AAAUUAAAGCUAUAAACCACACCUGGCAGGCCUUUGGGACCUGCUUCUGCUCUCUUAGAAGCUUAGAAAUCUGCAUAGCACCGCUUAUCAGGCAAAGUCUUUGCCAAAUUCUGGGUAGGAUUCAUGGUAAUUCCCCAUGUCAACAGCCAAAAGCAAGCCAAGAGGAGAUAUAUAUGGCAAGAUGCAAGACGCUCCCACGACUCGAAAUAUUUGCGUUUAGCUCAUCGGCAGUUACAUAAGUGCCAUGGCUAUGGAGCCCCGAACCCAGCGGAAAUAUAAAACGUUUCGUUUUUGAUCAAUGUUUGUGAAGUGAGAGUUGGAAAUGGUUUUACACGGGGCAAACUUCCGAUUUUAAGCAACAACCCAAGAGGAAAAUAUUUAAACAGCUGCCAGAACAAACAAACAAGUGAGAGCGAUAAGUGCGACACAUCAACUUUAUAGCUAAGGGGAUUAUCCGGUGGUAUAUGUUCUGCCCCGAAAUGAAAUGCGACUUAUAUGAUCUUGGAUGAUGGUAGAUCAUAAACGGAGGAGCUACCCCAGAAGUCGCAGGAGACUUCUGAUGAAUGGCACAAGAAUAAGAAUGAAUGGUGAUUAGAUAUGCACUCGGCAUAUUUGUAUGAUCUUGAUGAUGGAAGAACCCUCCCCUCACAUGUGGGUGAAUCAUCUCUGCCAAACUUUAGCUUGGAAUGCAAUCUAAUGGUUGGUGUUUUUAUGAGGCUUUUGGCACCUCGAAUACAUGCUGUCCACCUGUUAGGAGUACUCCCUACUUGGCAACAGGUUCAGUGAACUAAAAUGCCAGUUAUGAAUGAGAUGAGGCCCAGUCUGGGGGACAAGUGAUGGCUUUUGUUGUGCGGUCGACAAACAAAAGUGCAAAUUGUUUGGGCCUGCGGCAGAGUGAAAACCCAAGCGACGCACCCCACAUAUUUUCGGAGGCAAACAGCAGUUCGAACUGCGAAGUGAACCGCAACGAGUUAGUUGCGUUUCAGAGCGUUUUAACAGCGGACGGACACAUCGGACACAUGGCCCUCAAGGAGCUACCACCAGCAAUUAUUGCGUUCGUGCUGAGUCUCGUCUGUGGGGGACUCCAGGCAGCCGUGCACGAUGAGCUGCCCCAGUGCGGGCUCCAUGGCAUCUACAGGCAGCGGCAGAGCCUCAUCGAGUCGCCCAACUAUCCGGACAACUAUCCGGUGAACACCUGCUGGGAUUACGUGAUACGCUCGCCCUACCGCUGCCCCACCAAGUUCCACAUCCAAUUCCUCGACUUUAAGCUAGAACUCUCGGAGAAGUGCAGCCGGGAUUACCUGGCUAUUGGCCUGGAGAACGACGGCGAGGACAUGGAUGUGCUCUGCGGUCAGGUGCUGGGCAUCAAGAAGUAUCACACACCCGACGGCGUCCUGCGGUUGCGCUUCCUCAGCGACGAAUCGCCAUGGACUACAGGAGGAGGCUUCCGUCUGCUGGUUACGCGUUUGGCCUGUGAGAGAGAGGACCUGGCCGCCCGGGGCUUGGAUGCCGACGACGAGGACGGUGUGGAUGUGGGUGAUGAUGACACGGUGCAAGUGAAUGCCAAACUGCCGUCUAAGAAGCAACAUCAUCAUCACCAUCUUCUGCAGCCACAGCAGCCGCAACAGCAGCUGCCAUUGAACUUUACCCAGCAAAGUCCUUGGGGAUUCAACGUGGGCUGGCCUGCUUCUGUGCCGCCUCCACUCUAUCCCCAAGGAGGACCACCUGGAGGCUUCUACCUGCCCCCUGUAGGACUGCCACCCCAGCACUCACCGCCCUGUGUGCCACAACAGCAGAAGGAGCAACUGUUGCAACAACAGCAGCAAUUUCUGCAGCAGCAGCAGCAGCAAUACCUACAGCAGCAACAACUUUUGCAGCAGAAUCCCUUACAACAGCAGAACCUUCUACAGCAGCAGCAACUGCAGCAACAGCGACAGCUGCAACAAUUGCAACAGCAGCAGCAACUUCUGCAACAGAAUCCACUGCAACAACAGCAGCAGCAGCAACAAUUGCAACAGCAGCAGCAACAAUUGCCGCUAAUCUCUGACCAGUAUCAAACAAGUGCCUUCCAGCCUCAGGCGGUGACCCUCAAGGACUACGACUCCCAGGGUCUGCAGCAGUUUGGCGGAUCGCUGGAUCUGUGCUGCUCCAGUAGCUUCAAUCAGAAUCACUUCUAUCUGUCGAGUCCUGGCUUUCCAAGGACUGUCCUGAACGCCUUGCUGCCAAAUCAACAGAGAGAUUGCGUGUUCUACAUCGAGAAGAGUUCCCCGAACGUCUGCCGUCUGAGGAUUCAGUUCAAGUUCUUUGAUUUUGGCCAGAAUUCAGGAGGAAUAGGAAACGGAAUUGCUGGAGGCCUGGGUGGAGCAGGCAUCGGUGGCGGAUUGGGAGGAGGCUUUGGAGGAGGCGGUUUCAGUGGAGGCUUGGGUGGACAACAAUCCUGCACUGGCGACUUCUUGGAACUGGAUGGCCAACGGUAUUGCGGCUGUCGUUCCGGCUAUGUCCACAAAUCCCACUGGGGCCAGGGCCGCAAGGCAUUGCGCAUGCGGAUGGGUCAGUCGGGCAGCACAACUUCCAAUGGCUUCCUGCUGGAGAUAUACCAGGACCAGGACUCCGAUGGCUGCCGUCAGGAUCCCGGAGCUGGCUUUGGACUGGGCUUGGGCGGAGGUCUGCAACAGCAGCCGCAGCAACAACAGCAACCGCAGGCAGGCUUGGGUCUAGGUCUAGGCCUCUGGCCCCAAGGGGGAUAUCCUUCGCUGCAGCAGCCACUGCACUCUCAGAUCUGGCCCAUGCAAGGAGGCUACCCGGGAUACUUGAAUCCAGGCUAUCCACUGCCAUUUGCUGCCUCUCCAUAUCGUCAAAGCAGACGCGUGUCCUGGGCUCGGGGCUUGGAUGAACAUCAGCCUUCGCGGGUGGUCGAAACGAACUCCACGCGCAAGGAGUUCUACUACUUUGAUGGCGACGAGGCUUUUGCCCGCUCUGCCUUGGACGACGAAGAGGACAAACUUCCUGUUGGAGUGCAAGUACAGCCACAGGCGCUAUCCCAGACCCAGACACAGACACAGCCUCAAUCCCAGCUGGCGACGAAGGCCUUUGAGCAGAGCAGCUGCACAUUCGACUACAUGGAGGUCCUGAAGCUAUCCGUGGACACACUCUGGCUGACGAAACCGCUGUGCUUUUCCCCGCUGAGGAGCUGGUUCCCCAAUAUCUUUGGCUAGGCGGAGCGGAGUAUUUAAUGUAGUUGAAUAUUGUUUCAUCAAGUAGAUGACGCGGCUUUGUGUGUUCUAUCCCCUAAUCUGCGAUCUUAGCUCUCUGUAUCUGUAUCUUUGUAUCUCCACGAGGCAAUUGUGUUGACGUCAUACCAAAUGCAUGAAAUAUAUGACAGAAAAAGUGCCUUGCCUGUAGUCUCUCUCUAUC